CCCAGUCAGACCCCGAGAGGUCCCAAAGAUGCCCGCCGAGGCCCCCGCAGCCAUAUUCUGGCUCGAGCCUUUUCUGGCGCAAGGCCCGUUUUUCCGCUAGACCCACCAGCUUGCGCGGCCGAGCCUUCGCCCGCGUGGCCGCACGCGGCCUUGCCCCCUGGUGCGCGCAUGCCUAAGGCGGCGACGAAGACGAGCACGGCGGCGAGGGUGACUGUCUUGACCAGCCUCCCGAUUUCCCUCGCGUGGCGCUCCGCUGGCUUCCGCUGGGCGCAAGACGGCAUGCCGGCCGAGUUCUCCCGCAUCGCGCCGCUGCUGCUCGGCUCGCUGCUGCUCUGCGCUGUGCUUCUCGUCCUUCUCCUCGCGGUGCACGGCCGCGCGGAGGCCUUCAAGUUAUGUAACAAGAGGUAUGCCAGCGCCACUCUUCCCGGAGUCUUUUCCGCGUUGACCUUCGUACUAGAAAAUUUCGCGCUCGCGAACGGCCUCAGCGCGACCUUGGUGGUUCUGCUCAACAAGUGCGCGAUUCUGCCGGGCGUCCUCGGGGAGAUCUGGUUGACGCGGACCACGCCGUACCGCACGCAGCUCCUCACCAUGGCGGCGUUGCUCUUGUGCAUCAUCGUCUACUCUCUCGGUGACGAGGGCGAAAUUAACAUGCCGCUCGUCGGAUUGCUCUUGGGCCUUGGUGCAGCCCUCUCAGAUGGAGUCGGCGACAUCGCCUUUGAGGCCACGGCGAAGUCCUGCCUCGACGACGUGGAGGAGGAUUCGGGUGCCGAGACGCUCAGGUGCUUCCUCGUGAACGAGUUGUACAAGUCCAUAUUCAACAUCAUACUGAUGCUCGUGUUCGAGCACAAGUACCUGUCGCGAGGUCUUUUCCAUGGCUGGGGCCUCCCCAUGCUCGUCGGCGGUGUCAUGCCGCUCCCCGUGAUGGUCGCGCUUUAUAACACGGCCAUCUUAACGGCCGGCAACUUGAAGACCAGGAUCGCUGCGUCCGCCGAUAUCGGCAUCGCCUAUGUGAUGGAUGCGAUUAUAUUCGGUGACAUUGUCAGGAUCUCCCAGUGCCUGUUGAUCCUCGCCAUCAUCGCCCUGAUCGGCGUCUACACCCAGUUCGCCGUUGACGUGCAGAAGGCCGCCGCAGACGCCCUCAUCAGGUCGGAGAAGCCAGACGCAGAUGUUGCGUAUUGGGUGUGAGAAGUUUUCGCGGUCCCUCAUCGGGGGAUUUUUUCCGUCUCGGACAAUGCUGGCGACCGCAGUAGUAGCAGUAGUCGCAGCUCUUGGCGGUUACUUCGGAGGAGCAAAGGGUCAUGAUAAUGUUAUGUUCCAAGAUUUCGAGGAUGUCUAAUGUUUCUGGAUGUUCCUUGGGGACUUCAGAAUCAAGGGCCGCUAGGUUCGCUGGAAAUCCUGGAACGCAUCCUGAACCAACCCUAUCAUGACAGCAUCCUCCUCGUAGUAUUGGACCACCACCGCGGCUAGGGUUAUCGGACUACCACCGCGGCCAGCCUUGACGCCAUUGUUACUACGAUUGCAGUCAGCACUAUUACUACACAAGUGCAAGUAUCGGGCCGCAGCGAUACCGACCGUGGCCGAGUCUUUACUUUUUUGGAUGACGCUUCGAAGGCGGUGUUGUCGCUCGUCUUGAAGCUGCGGCCAACCCUGCUAAUCCUGUCGUGGAAACGCUUGAUGACGAGCUUGGUUCCUAUUGCACACGUAUUUUCCGACGAUAUCCGUAGGGUGGUUUGUCUCUUACGUGGAAGGUUCCCGAUCCGCGUGCGCGUUGUUUUUCUUGCCCUCCUGGUGCGAGUUCCGUUCUGGCGGUCAACUUGCAAAUGCCAGGGAUGGUGCAGACAUCGCUUGCGGUUCCUGUUGCUUCGGUCUAGUUUCAGAGAGCCCUUGCUGAGCUGGCUUGAGCUCGCCUGCGCUGUCUGGGAUCUGUGCCAAGCCUUUUGGGUUGCCAACUUCGCAAAGUAUAAGUUAUACGUUCCCAUCUCCUGACAGUUAUAACUCCGACCGCGCCGACUCUUCACCUUCACCUCCCUCCUCUUCUUCCUUACCAAACAAAUAUAUUGCCCCCGUCUCCACCCCUCACAGUGUCUGUCAUAGCGCGCUUCUCGCUUUUUGUUACAGGCGCAGAGGUCGCCCAGCGACCGUCAUUGAGCCUCUGGGCUGUUUUGAGAGACGCUGUAUAGCCUAUUUUCUGACUGUCAGUUGGCUUUCGGUUGCUUCCCUCAAGUGCACGCCCAGCGUGUUGCAUGGCUGCAGCAGACAUGCGUGCAUGUAGCGGUCGCUCUCGUGAGCCGAGGCGUUAGCGGCAGCAGGGUGCCGUUCUUUUGCCAUUUUCCGCCGCUACAGACGCACGUGGGUGUUGCAAUGUAUGGUUUGCUAGACUCAGGCUGAGGCCAUCUAGGCCGUUCGAGAACUGUUCAGACGUUGUUCGCAAGGCAAGCCAA